AUGAGUGAGAGAGAGAAAGGUGAUCAUGGGAAGAAUCCUGGCAAAUCAAGUGAAGAACUUGACAUUCUUCAAAGAAGUAAUAAGAGGAAUAAAGGUGAGGGAGAUCAGUUUUCAAAUGAUGUAUCUAUGAUACCUAGACAUGAAGGUUGGAUGGAAGAUGAGAAUGGCCAACGUUCAACCUGGAAGGAAAUUCUGAUGCGUCAUAAUGGAGAAGAUGAUGAAUGGGAAGGAGAGGCGUCUGCCGAGGAAGACUUAGAUGGGGAGGAACCUGCUGAGGAAGAGGAUGUCAACCAUGGAGGAAUUAAGAUGUGGGAGGAAGAUGAUGGGCGUACUUAUUUUAGUUGCACCAAAAGAGCAAGGAAGAGAAUGAGGAAACCUUGGGAGAAAGCUCUGAUUGUUAAACUCCUUGGGAAGAAAAUUGGGGUGGAGUUUAUGAAGAAAAAAAUAAAUGUCUUAUGGGCUAGAAAAGGCAAAAUCAAUGUCACUGAUAUUGGUAAUGACUUUUUCGUAGUCCAGUUUAGUGAGAAGGAUGAUCUCAAUUUUGCGUUGAACGGUGGUCCAUGGAUUGUUUUGGGUCAUUAUUUAUCGUUGAGGAAGUGGGAACCAACUUUCAGACCUAAUAGUGCUGGAAUUGCUAAGAUUGCUGCUUGGAUUCGUCUACCGGAUAUUCCCAUUGAAUUCUAUGAUGAAGCUUUUUUUAGAAGGAUUGGAAACUGGUUAGGCAAGAUGAUCAAGGUAGACAGCAAUACAAAUGCUCAUGUAAGAGGACGGUUUGCAAGAAUAUGUGUGGAACUGGACCUAUCUCAGCCAUUAAAGGGUGAUUAUGUGCUGGAAGGAUUUACCAAACAAAUUGAGUAUGAAGGAUUAGGGCUCAUUUGUUUUGGUUGUGGGAAAUAUGGACAUAGCACCGAGAAUUGUUCAGCUGCUCCAAAGCAACGCAGUUCAUCCGAUAUUCAUAAUGACGAUCAAAUUCAUCAAGAGGAACCUGGCAACUCAGAAUUCCAUCGAAGUAAAGGAUUGGGACCUUGGAUGGUUGUUAAUCGUCAACGCAGGAGCCGGCAACCUCCUCAGACGGCCGGUGCAGUCCAGCCAGGCGCUGAUAAUCAUGGUGAUAAGGAGGAAAUUACGCAAUCACGGUUUGCAAUCUUAACAGCUGGACCUAUUAAUGAGGAGGAUCAUAAUCAAAUAAUUAAUUCUGUUACUCCUCAUAUGGGGGCCCCUCAGUUUGAAAUUCCUCAGAAAAUAUGGACUAAAUCCAAAAAGUCCAAAGAUACCCCUAGGACUAAAUCAACGGUUCCUACUAUGCAUACGGCUCAUUCUUCAAGCACGGGUAAGAGGUGUCCAGUCCAGAGUGAAAAUCGUGAAGAUCAUACUCCCAUUCCACCAUGUCCAUCAAUUGCUACUUUCAUGGCGGUUAGUCCUAUGCAAGCAAAUCAACAUGAUCAGGAAAAUGGGAUGAAAGCAGAUAGCACUUUGAACCAGAAUCAAGAGCAGUUAUAUGACACAUUUCAUAAAACUGGUCCUGAUAUAUCAGUUGACAACAGCAGCGACAUCCAAAAUCCUGAAACCUCAACCAUCUCUACGUGCAUGGAGGUGGACAGAGUUCACCAGGAAGAUAUUUCAAGAAUGAAGGAUGCAAGAACCUUGGAGGGAGCAGUGAAACCCCAGUUUCAAAAUUCGCUUUUUCUGUUUACUAGGAAAUAUAAGCCUAGUAUUGUAGUGAUUCUAGAACCUCGGUGUAGUGGUCAAAAAGCUUCUGACAUUAUCCGAAAAUCUGGGUUUAAGCAUGCUUUUGUUCAAGAGGCAGAAGGUCCUUGGUUUACAUGGAAGGGUCCGAAGUUUCUUCAUCUUGAUCGUGUUUUUAAGAGGCUGGACCGAGCCUGUGCUAAUGCAAGUUGGAAGACUACCUUUACUGAUGCUGGCGUUAAGGUACUUCCACGGAUUUAUUCUGAUCAUAGUCCCAUUUUGGUCUACUUGUCUAACUUGGACACAGGUUGGAAAAAUCGUCCCUUUCGCUUUGAGAUUGCUUGGAUGGAGCAUUAUAACUUUACUCAGUUUCUGGCUAGGAGCUGGAAUGUUGUGAAAGACACUAGAACGAAUCUGCAUGAUCUGACUCCAAAUUUAAAAAGAUGGAACAAGAUAGCCUUUGGCAACAUUUUCAAUAGGAAGACUAACCUAUUGCAUAGUAUUGCAGAAAUUCAGAAUCAUGUUGAUUAUCAUACCAACUUAUCUCUCCAAUCUAGAGAAAAGGAGGUUAGGAAGGACCUUGAUGCGGUUCUCAUACAAGAAGAGAUCUUAUGGUUUCAAAAAGCCAGG